UCAUGCUGCUGCCAGGUCCAGAGUCUCUCAUGGGUCCCUGUACGGCCUCCCAUUGCUGCUGUCUCCAUCGCCACACACUCUGCCAUGUGCCACUUUCAGGUCUCCUCACACUGCUGGUGUGUUCCAUUUUUUGUCAUAGGGUGCUGGCAGAUUACGGGCCUCCCAUAGCUGCUCCAAGGCCCCUAAUCUGCCAUGGGCCCCUAUACCGCCUCCUCAUGCUGCUGCCAAGUCCAGAGUCUCUCAUGGGUCCCUGUACGGCCUCCCAUUGCUGCUGUCUCCAUCGCCACACUCUGCCAUGUGCCACUUUCAGGUCUCCUCACACUGCUGGUGUGUUCCAUUUUUUG